AAUAUGAUCAUGCAGAAAAAAGAAUUAGUACUGUAUAACAACUAUUAAAGAACCAUUUUUUCAGAAAUAUGUCUAGAAAUAGUCUGCAAGUUAAUGAUGAAUAUGUCAACUCUAACUUAGUGUUCACAAGAUAUUUUUAUCUCUACAUUUGUGCUCUCUGUCUCUCUUUCUCUCUCUUCUCAAAAAUUUUUUGUACCAUUUUGGAACAACAUUUUGGAAGCAGCAAAUCUGUUAGAACCGCAACUGAUAAACAGAAAGAGCACAUUUCCAGUGUUAGUAUCAUGCAUUCCAUCACAUAACUAUCCAUCCAGUCCUGCUGUGUUGUCAGUGUCCUUCUUACUGGACAUUUGGUGACAUUUGGUCACAGAUGUCCAUCUUGUCCUCAUAUCUUAAGCUGUCCAACAGACACUAGGUUUUGCAACCUUAAUGUUCCAUAAUUUCACUUUAGUCCCAUAUUGUUUAUAAAAACAGAAGUUAAAUACUCUAACUUCCACCACCCCCCACACCACCCAUCUGUCUCUCCUAGACGCUCCCACCGCCCCUCCUCUUCUUUUCUCCCCUGUCUCUCUGUCCCUGUCCUCCCUCCCCCCUUUUCUCUCACAUUGAGCCCUUUUGUUUACAACCAUAGAGGAGGUGUGUGUGUUUAGAAGGGGGGUGUCUGGUCAGCUGUUUCUUCAAUAUGUGUGUGUCUGGACAGUGUGGGAAUGUGUGUGAGAAAAAGUGAGAGACAAAGCUCAGUGAAGGCUCAGUGAGUGUGUGUCGGCCGGAGAGGACGCACACAUAGGACCAUCACCAGGACAUGUAACUUGAAGUUUGACUUUUUCUUUUUUAGUUUUCUUUUUGUUUUUAUUUCAUUUGGUUUGGCAAAGUUUUCUGAACAGCCUCAGGACAAGAGCCACAAAUUCAUAUCACCGGAAUACAACUUUUGCAAAGAGUGAGACUUUAAGGAGGAUUAUAGAGAACAGUGAGACAAUGCAGCCUCCUUCAGGGAGUCACAACCAUGACAACUGUGUCCAGACCCAGCUGUGCGCCCAGCUGGAGUUUGUCCAGAUCCUGGUGAUCAUGGUGGUCAUGAUGGUGAUGGUGGUGGUCAUCACCUGCCUGCUAAACCACUACCGCCUCUCAGCACGCUCUCUCCUGUCCAGACAUGCCCCCGCACGCCGGAGACACCUACCAUUGGCCAAUGAGGGGAGUCUGUGGUCGUCUGAGGCCACAGGGACAAACAGCGGUCUGAAUGAGGUAUAUAACUCCCGCCCCCAGGACAGGGGCAUCCACUCAUCCUACCUGCAGCGGGAGUCUCAGUCCCAGGCUCCUCCUCUGCAGUCCCAGCGCUUCCAGCCCACAUAUGCUCCCAGUCGCUUCCAGCCUACAUACCCCUACCUGCCCCAGAGCCUUAUUGAUCUGCCCCCCACCAUCUCGCUGUCAGAUGGCGAGGAGCCGCCGCCGUACCAGGGGCCCUGUACCCUGCAGCUCAGAGACCCCGAGCAGCAGAUGGAGCUGAAUCGAGAGUCGGUCAGAGCGCCGCCUAACAGAACAGUGUUCGACUCCCAGCGUCUUGACCCGACAAAUUCCUGUCUGCAGGCCAGUCUGGCGCCUCCACCAAGUGUCCAUUCAGGCAUUAGCGUGUUAGAAGCCCAGGAGGCGUCUCGGCAGCAGAAGAAGGGUUCCCGAGUGGAGGGAGCUCCUCCAGCUUACAGCGAGGUGAUUGGACACUACUACCACGCGACAUCCCUGACGCCCAGCCACAACCGGACUGUUUCAUCCUCACAGACGCCUCCUCCCCCGUCCUCGCUGAUACAUGGUCUGCUCCAGCUCCCGCCUCAGCAGCAGGGCAGUGUGGACAACAGGAACAUGAGGAAUACCAAGGAGAAAUCCCAGAAGCCCCAGCAGGUCUGACAGUGUGGCCCCUUGGGAAAAACCACCAGAAUUUUGUUGGCCACUUUGACUGGAUCAGCUGAGCGUGGGUGUUGAAAAAAAUCCUCACUCUUUGCUUCCCUUCAUUCUGUCCUCACCUCACUGAUCCGGCUUGGUUUCUGGAAACCACAUCAGUCCUGCGGUCACCAGGGACCUUCUACUCUUCCACAGUGACCGAAUAAGGAGCACUUAGGAUGAACUGAUGAUGAUGAUGAUGAUGAUGAUGUCCUCAGAGGUUGUUAAGAGAAGAGUGGCUCCAGAAGCCUCCUAUAUUCUUCCCUUAGCUCCUCCCCCUUAUCCUUCCUCCAUCAGACUGGUUUUCGGACUUUAUAAAUAUUUGCUUGUUCUGUCUGUUUCUCUUUUGUUUGUUUUCACGCUUGCAAAAGUUUAGUAUCCAGGCGAAAGGUUGCAAUCUUCUUCACUCUUUCAGGUUCUUUUUUUUCUAGUGAUAAUCCCCCAUUGCUGCUUUGUCUUCACUCUAUUUCAUGGCUGCACAGUCUGAUAUUUUGCAGCAAUUCCUGUGCCAGGCUUUAGCUGCAUCACUGAGACAUUUUAGCACAUUUAGAGCAUUUUGGAAAGAGUUUAGUUUUAGUUAGCAGUCUUUUAAUUUAGCUUAUUAGCUGUAGCACAGUGCUAAAAGUUCUCGAGCUAAAGCCUUUGCCUUAUAUUGACCAACUAGUGCAGGAGUUGCCGCUGUAACUCUUAUUUUGACUUUUUACAUUUUGUCUCCUAAGGAAGGUUUGCACAAGACUUUUCAUCACAGAAAAAGAAAAAAUGGGUAAUAUGACUGAUAAGAGAUAGAGAAAGUAGGGGUAUUUUUCUAAACUUUUCUGUUUUUGUUUUAUAUGUUGUCUAGUUUUAGAAAGAAACAAACAUCAGUAAUCUGUUGGGGUGCCAACUUUUACGAUGAACAUUUUGCUACAUACAUGUUGCCAUGUAUAUACAUUACAUAUUGGAUAUAUAUAUAUACACACAUGUAUGCAAACUGAGCGAUCUUAAAAGCACGAAUUUAGAGUUAUUUAUAUAAAUGCUGAAAAGAAUUGCACUAUUUUUUAGUAUGCGCAGAUGGAACGUGUGAGAGAGACUUACAUUGUGAAGGAGUUCUGUUUAUACAGGCUUAAACGGAGAGACAUGGGGGUUUAUAGAAGGAGCAGACUCAGAGCAGUGCACAGUCAGUCGGUCUCACACAAAACAUAUCAAAGGGAAACACUGACUUGGCCACCAACAGACUCAGACAAACCAUUACUGUACCAUUGAU